AUGGCGAGCACAGCGCCGCACCCGCUCUCAGGCUUCGCAAAGGGCUCCUGGCCAGUGCCCGACUUCAGCCUCGAGUCGCGGCGGCCUAAAGCGUCCUCGACCCUCCCCUCGCUCUUCGCUCGCCGAGACGUCACGACCGCCUUCAGACCGCCCGAUGAGGAGAAAGGGCGCUCGCUGAGAUCCAAGAGUCAGGCCAACUCGACUUCGGCGCUGUUCAGCGGGAGCGACGUCUCGAAUCAGGGAGCGGGAGGGUUCAGUCAACUUGGCUCGGAAACGGUCUUUGCGGGCGCAGAAGACCAGGAUGGCGGCGACGACGACUACCUGGACUCGUGGGUUGCGGAUGGAGGUGCGCUUGCGGCAGAGGAGGUGGUCGACGAGACGACCGAGCAGGUCGGGGCGGUCGACCUCUCGAGGGACUCUGGGCUCGAGCGCGCUGCCUCGCCGCCUACCGGAACUACGCGGCAAGUAAUGGACUGGACGAUGGUGCUGGAGAACGCAGUGAUGAAGGCGGAUGGCGACAUCAACCUUCACGACCGAGGCGUCACCUGCGUCCCCGACUCGAUCUCCGACCUCGCCACCCUGCGCUCCUUCAAAGCCGCCUUCUCGAGAACGACCUUCACCCGUACCCAAUCCAGUCCCGCUUCCGUCGCCUCUUCCCGCCGAUCCUUCGAGCGCACCUCCUCCGGCUCCAUAAGUGCGGUCCCUACUUCUGUUCCCGUCAAGCUCCUCCUCGCCAAGAACCAGCUCACCGCCGACUCGCUCUCGAACGCCCUCUGGUCGCUCCCGAACCUCCAAGUUCUCACGCUCCGGCAGAAUUUCCUCGAGCGACUACCUGAAGGCGUCGGUCGGUUGACAGGGCUGCAAGAACUCAACGUCGCGAGCAAUCGUCUGAGAUACCUCCCCGCCGAGAUCCUCCUCCUCGACAACCUUUCGAACCUCGCGCUUCACCCGAACCCAUUCCUUCCUGCCCCCAAGCCUUCUACGCCUAUUCCACCGAGUACAUCUGCCUCGCCUGAGUCCCCCGUUCGCCAUGAACGCCUCCUAAGUGCCCUCACUGUCCACUACGCCGUGCCCUCACUCAAGGAGACAUGCAUCCGACGCCUCCUCACUCCAUCUCGUCCAUCUUCGACUACUCCGUCCAUAAAAGCCGAAUACGACGUUGAUUACGUUCGCGCAGUCCUUCCAGACCACCUUCUCGCGCCUUUCCUCUCCACCUUCCAGAUCUCGCCUCCGACUCUCUCCUUCGCCUGCCAAAGACACUCUUCCGCAUCAUCCACCCUCUCACUCGACUCUUUCGCCUCGACUCCAUCACCCCAACCCUUCGACCCCCUCUCCAACAUCUGCCGCUCGCCCCUCCACGCAGGCGAAGACCGCGUCUUCUUCACUCCCGCCUGCGAGCGGUUCGAGUGGGUCUCGGAGGCGACGCUUAAGCCUGCGCAGAAGGCAGAUGGAAAGAUGGGGAAGGAUGGGGACAUUAGGAACAUCCCGAUUCGCUGGAGGGGGUGUACGGCGGCGUGUCUCGACUGGCUCGAGGAGGAGGAGCAGGUCGACCAACACGAUAUCGAUGAGCCCGCUGCAGCGGCAACCUAG